AUGGCUUAUAUCGAAGGUUCUCCGGGCUCGUCCUUGGACGGCAAGACGGGCCGUGAGCCCGUCCUUGCAUUCUCGGUGGCCUCCCCAAUGGUCCCGUCGGACCCAACCGCAAAGUUCGACCUCCCAACGUUCGCGGCGGCCCCGCUGGUCCCCAUCAUCCGUGACAACCUCAACCUGACCAAGGCCGAUAUUGGGAACGCUGGGGUGGCAUCCGUGUCAGGGAGCAUAUUAUCGAGGCUGGUGAUGGGGGCGGUUUGCGACCUGCUCGGGCCGCGCUAUGGGUGCGCCUUCCUCAUCAUGCUCUCCGCCCCCACCGUUUUCUGCAUGUCCCUCGUGUCGUCCGCUGGGGGUUAUGUGACGCCGGCUGGGGGAACAUGGGCGGUGGGGCCACCCAGCUCAUCAUGCCCUUGCUCUUCGAGAUUAUCAAGAGGGCUGGCUCGACCCCUUUCACCGCCUGGGAUCGCCUUCUUCAUUCCAGGCUGGCUGCACAUCAUCAUGGGUAUUUUGGUCAUGACGCUCGGCCAGCACUUGCCCGACGGCAAUCUCAGUGCACUCCAGAAGAAGGGGGACGUUGCCAAGGAUAAGUUCGGCAAGGUGUUGUGGUAUGCGGUGACUAACUACAGAACAUGGAUUUUCGUCCUCCUCUAUGGCUACUCUAUGGGAGUUGAGCUCUCAACCGAUAACGUGAUUGCUGAAUACUUUUUCGAUAGAUUUGAUCUUAAGCUGCACACGGCUGGAACCAUCGCAGCCAUGUUCGGCAUGGUUAAUCUUGUGGCUCGCCCGUUCGGAGGAUUGGCUUCCGACUACUCGGCUCGAUUAUUUGGAAUGAGGGGUAGGCUUUGGAUUCUGUGGAUCCUCCAAACGAUGGGCGGCGUUUUCUGCAUUCUCCUUGGAAGGGCCAAUUCACUUCCCAUCGCCAUCACCUUCAUGAUUAUCUUCUCAGUCGGAGCGCAGGCCACCUGUGGGGACACCUUCGGCAUCAUUCAGUUUAUUUCGAGGAGGUCGCUAGGCGUGAUAUCAGGCAUGACGGGCGCCGGUGGGAACUUCGGCUCGGGUCUCACGCAAUUGCUCUUUUUCACAUCUUCAAAACAGUCGACUUCGACCGGGUUGACCAACAUGGGGAUAAUGAUCGUGGCGUGCACUCUUCCUGUAACUUUGGUUCACUUCCCGCAGUGGGGCAGCAUGUUUUUCCCCCCAUCUAAAAAUGCGGUCGAAGAGCAUUAUUACUCGUCCGAGUACAAUGAGGAGGAGAAGCAGAGGGGUAUGCACCAGAAGAGUCUCAAAUUUGCCGAGAAUAGCCGAUCCGAACGGGGGAAACGCGUGGCCUCGGCUCCAACCCCACCAAACACGACGCCACAACGUGUUUAA